GUCCGGUACUCUGAAGCCGGCACGUGCGACGACCGUUCCCUCGCGCAGUAACACAGUAACCGUUGCGCGCGCUGCGUCUCUCUUAGUUUCUUCACCACCGCAUACGACACGCACACGUUCAUCAUCCUUUGAACGCUGACAAGAAUCUGUUCAUAUCAGAUUGAUCAUCAUGGCAGAGGAAUAUCUAUACGGAAUCACUCUCGAAGGACCGAACGCCAGUGAGGUAUGGGAUCCUGAGCACAAGAACGAUGACUCUGACGGCGCAGCCCAGCACAUAGGCGCCGAUCAAAAACUUAUUAUAAAAAUGGCUCUUUUGGGUCCAGAAGCUAAACCUGGAGAGCUUAAUGUAUUACAAGUUGAGGCAAUGGGAUUAAGAGGACCAGUCAAAACUCCAAUUGCAUUAUUAGAAAUGGGAAAAACUGCACAAAUCAUUUUAGAUCUUGGUUUCCCGGAUCCUCCUGUCACGUUCACAUUGAUUAAGGGCAGUGGUCCAGUUCAUAUAGUAGGACAUAAUCUGCUCGGUGCACACAUUGAGGAAUUCGAUGAAAUAGAUGAUGAUAUGGAAGAAGAGAACAUCGAUGAUGAAGACGAUGAAAAGGAUCCUGAAGAUGAAGACGAUGAAGAGGAUGAACCUAAGAAGAAGAAUGCUAAGCUAUCAACUGCAGCCAAAUACAAAAAUCAGGCUAACAAGAACAAGAAAAAAUAAGCAUGAGCCUUAACGUUAUGGAAAUAAAAUAAACACUUAAGUUAGGAUAUUAAAUGUAAGUCCAUCAUUAUCAUCCGCAUUUGUGCGAAUCUAGUAUCGUUUCAUCGGAUUAUCACAGAACAAACAUUGCCUUCCACUUUUCUAAAACACAACUGGACCAACCAAAUAUUUCUAAGAUAAUCAGAUAAUUUCAAAAUGAUUAGGAUUAUAUACUAUUGUUUUUGUCAUGAAAAAAUACAACAUAUUUACUUUAUUUCGAAUACUUUUGGCGUACACAUUCUGCAAAUAUAAGAAUAUUAUCUUAUUGCAAACUUUUUUUAGGUUGUUUUUUUUUUCCAAAGUAAAGCUUGGUAUUAUACCUCAGUUAUACAGGUAUUUUUAUAAUAUACUUCUGAAGACACAUGGUUGGAUAUUUUCCUAGAAACAUAUUUAGCGAGAUAUAAUUUAAUACUAAAAAAAGGACAAGAUUUUGUAAAUACAAUUUCAUUAUUUUCAACAA